AUGGUUGAUGCCAAGCAAACCCUCAAAACUACAGGGAAUGACAACGCCAAGAAAGAUGAUGCUGGUGGUGAUGAAUCCGUUGUGCAAGACGGCGACAACGACAGAGGUGUAGCGCACAUUCGAGUGGAUUAUAUUUCCUUUGCCGAUCAUAAACCAUCCAAACCAAAGGUAGAUCGCAGGAUCUUUCAUCCCCUCUAUAUCACCACGGCAGGCCUCCUAGUUCUUCCCAUUCUUCCGCCUCUGUUGGUGAUUCUCUUGGUGACCGUAUGGGCCAUUCUCUUUGUUGCCACUCCAGUAUACUACUUUUAUUACUAUGAUCCACUCGACGAUGCUUGUGGAAACACCGACGACGUAUGUUGCAGAUCAGAGCAUCCAGAUGCUGUUGGAGGAGCAUUUGCUUGA